AUGAAAAUUGAGCGGUGUGUUGGCAAGGUGUGGGAGAGAUGUUCUGGAAGUGGGCAGCAUUUUCGAUGUUCAUAUGUGCAAACAGAGGCAUUCAGUAGCAAGACAGUGGCCUUUCGGAAAAUUAACUUUAUUCAACUAACUGAGAAUUUACACUACUUAUUUAAUCUGAAAACAAAACGGUUCCUACUCGUGGUCUUCCUCUCCACUGCCAUCUUCUCAUACACCUCCGUCGUCCUCUGCCACUGUAACUAUCACAAUUAUACCCCUCUCUCUCUCUAUAUAUAUACCCCACCGUCACAGCCAUCGUCAUCCACUCCCGUGGGCCGAUCUGCCACCGCCGUCAACCAGCACCACCACCGCCGUCCUCUUCAACCACUGUACCUCUCAGAGGUUGAAUUAGUGAAAACACGGUUGAGAAAAGCCACUGAAAGAUAUAGUGGGCCUCUAAGUUCAACAAUAUUAUCUCGUGCCUUAUCCCAGCCACUAGAAAAAGAAAUCGAUCUGCAACCACUUAGCCGUAAGGUAAUGGGAAGUUUGUAUGUAGAGAAUAUAGGUAAUAUUGAUCAUGAAGUUCAAAUGAAGGUUGUUUCUGCUCCAAAAGGCAAUGGUUCACAACGUCAUAGUACACAUCAAACAAAUCUUGAAUCAGAAAGACCAAGUGACUCAUCUGCAUCAUCUGAGGAGUGUCAACAAAAUAAUUUUGAUGCGACCAGAAAUCAUCAAGAGUAUAAAAAGCCUAAUUCUCCUGUAAUUCCUGAUGAGCCUUUGCCCAAUAUCUCUAGAACUGAUGAGGGAUCCUGUUAUUGUUGCCACAGGACAGGUAUAUGUUGACAUGGUGUUGUUUAAGAAUUUUUAAAAGCUCAGACAUCCUUGUUAUGCUUUCUUUCGAAUUUUAUCUGCCUCUUGAUUUUACAGACAUAUGAGAGAUCUUACAUACAGAGAUGGAUAGAUUGUGGCAACACAACAUGCCCAAAAACUCAACAAAAACUCCAAAAUCUCACACUUACCCCAAAUUAUGUUUUGAGAAGUCUAAUUACUCAGUGGUGUGUCGAGCACAAUAUUGAGCGUUAAAUGGCAUUGGCCAAUGGGCGGAUAAAGAAGAGUGAUGGAUCAUUCUGUGAUGUUAGUGGGGACAUAGCAGCCAUUCAAGCACUUGUCCGCAAUCUCUCAAGCCAAUCCAUUGAAGAACGCAGAGUGGCAGUGGCCAAAAUUCGAUCACACUCCAAAAGAAGCACAGAUAUUAGGAUAAUAAUAGUUGUCAAGUAACAAAGAGUAUCCCAAAAGGAAUGUAAUGCCGUAAUUAUCAAUUUCUCCUUGAGAAUUAAUAAACAUAUCUAUACUUUUCAAAGCA